AUGGCAAUCAAUGCUUUUGAGAAAAUUGAAGCUAAAUAUUCCUCAAAUAAUUCUCGUGAAGCCCUUCCAUCUAAAAAAUCACAUCAUUUAUCAAUAUUUACGGAAGAUAGUAUUAGCAGCAGUGACAGAAGUAAUAAAAUAAAGAAAAAGAAAACCUACAAUAAGUCGCCAUAUCUUAAUAGCGAUAAUGUUCGUAUACAUGCUACGGCAAAGGAGAAAAAAAGUACGCCUAAGAGAGCGUCAAACAUUGUCUCUUCCUUUCCUUUAGCUGUUAAUAUCUAUAAAGCCAAUUCUGAUGAAUUUAAAACACCAAGAAAAGGUUCCAAGAAAGUUAAGAAAUCUGUUCUAACCCUUCCAAACGUACCUACUUCAAUACCUCAAACUUGUACUGUAAGCGAUAUGAAUGAUUCAGAUUAUUUCAACACAAGGGAUGGAAAUAAACAGCCGAGGAUGAAGAAGAGGUUACAGGCACAGAAAGGAAAAACGAGGGUUCAAAACAAAAAUUAUGUAUUUUACGACAGAGAUGCUCGAUUUUGUUCGCAAAUGAAUAUAGAUUCUAGCUCUACCGACAUAAUUGAAUUUACUGGAGAUGGUAAAAGAGUUUCUAAUAAAAAUUGCUUGUCUAAUAAACCUGAAAAUAAUAAUGAGUGCAGCGGUCAUGAUGUCUGGGCCGUGCUCAGGAAUAUAAACAGAUUCCAAUUCAGACCGUCGCCUCCAGUGUCUGAUGAUUACAGUAAUCAAACACCAACGAAGAAGAAAAGGAAAAAUAAAACGCGACGGAACAACUUUAGAGAUAGACGACUCAUUGAAACUUGCCGUACAGAAGAAUUUGCAUAUAUAUCAAGGUUUGAUUUUGAAACUAAAUCGCCACCAAACUUUUCACAGUCAUCUAGUUUCGAUCGUAUCACUGUUAUUGACAAGCAAGACGAGAUUAGUGAAAUAUGCCAUGAAUUGGAACAGAGCAUAUUCAAAAGAAAUAAUGAGAAAAGUAAACUACGGCGUCAGCCUGUCACUAAAAAUCAGAAUAAAAAUGUUACGAAAAAUAAUGUCAAAGUAAUAACACCCAGAGAAGGUGGUAAUAAAUUACAAUAUGACUCGGAAAAACAAUUCAAUAAACGAAAGGCACAUUGUAAUAAAACAGAAUGUAUUUCGAAAGAGAUUUUAAAUGAUGGUCAUAACACAGCCGAUUUAAAUACUAACACCACCGUUAAUUGUACUAACAUUGAAAAUGAGCAUUUCGAAGUAAGAGAUAAAGAAACACCUAAUACGGUGACUGAAAUAUCUAAAAAUAUUCGUUCUACUGCUAUAAACUAUUCACAAUCUGUACCUAGAAAAGAAGUUGACGCAACAACAUGUGACGGCAAAGGAAAACAGCAUCGUGUUCCGAUUACAACACAAGUUACAAAUGAUGUUUAUCCACAGUUUGAGAGCCAAGAAAAACAAAUUAGACAGUAUUCAUCUAACCAAAAAUACAAAAAUGAAAAUAAACAUGAUUCCUUAGAAUAUUUAGAAGAGUCUAAAAUUUUACCCAACAGCAAGUGCGAUGCUGAAAGUAAAGCUGCAUAUGUGGAAGAAAGCAUAAUUUUGACUAAAAGUGAUGCACUUAUAAGUAGCAAAACUAAUCCUGGACACAGGAAAAAUGGAAUCUUUGAAAACAAUUCUGAAAAAUUUAAUGUUUUAAAUAACAACGAGUCUGUGACAAGCAAAAAAGAAAUUCAGAAGCAUCCACCGCGUAUUCCAACUUCUGAAAUCAUUAAAUCCAAACAACAACCUAAACCCCCAAAACCAGUACAACAAUUACGAGACACAAUGAUAAAAUUUUUAUAUAAAAAAGUUUCUGUAAAAAGUUUGGAUGAUCAAUUCAAGAAAACAAACGAGUCAAAAGAAGAUUCUUCCACGUCUACAACUAAAUUAAAAUCGCUUAAUAUAUUAAAUAAAGCAGAUGUUAGUACACAAACUUUAAUCAAAUCGGAUCGCGUCACUCGAGGAUUAACUACAACGAUGAGUAAUAAAGUUUUACAAGAAACAAAUACAUUCCCAAUGAAUACGAAGAACUCAAGGGCUAAAGGGAAGUGGGCAAGUGAUUUUAUAGAAAAUGUUAUAAAGAAAAUCCGAAAUGGGAUUUAUUACAAUCCAGAAAAUGUAUAUCAAUACAAAAAGAUGCCCAUGCAUUCAAAAGAAGUUUCAAUACAAACAUUACUUAUUGGAAAGAAUAUAAGCACAAACAAAAAUAUAUUUGUUGAAGAUAAAGAAAUAACAACCGAUAAUAGUGAUUCUACGCGAUGUGAUGUCAUUGCUGAAUGCAGUAACAAUAUUUUGCCUGGUUUUGACACAAAUCCUCCCGCACUCGAGAUCGAAACUUUAAACACGAAAGAAAUAGCGAUUCGUCAUUGUACAACUAAUGUGAUGGUACAGUUCGAUAUCGCCCAUUUAUUUGAACCGGACAAUCACAAUAAUUUUAUAUUAAAAUCAUCUUCUUUCACCCCCAUUGUUAAAAAUGAAAAUCAAACCAAAAUUUUAAAAUGUAAAACGACUAUAAUGAACGCCGUGCUUCCUGCUGAACUCUGUAGCAUAAUACCAACAGUGUUGAAAUUUAUAAUAAAUUCAACGAAAUUGCAGUCACUACCUUCGAUAAAAUCUUAUCAAAAUGACUCGAAUUUGUAUACAAUAUCAGAAUUAUUGAUGAAUGAAUCCCCAGGAAUUCCAAAAUGUGAAUUUUCAAUGGCGAUUGGUUUAUCGUCAGAUUUGAAGGAAUUAAUGAAAGGCACAUAUAGAUUUAAGAAUACAGAGAAAAAGGUCUGCGGAAAUCACAAAUUAAAAUUGGAUUAUGGAUAUUAUGAUUUUAAAAAUCAACUUCUAAUGUUAUAUUCUAAACAUUUAUUGCCUACAAGAGUUGAUGUAGUUAAUUUUAUAUCCUUUAAGUCGGGAGAAGUGAGACCUAAACCCGAGAAUUCUACAUGCACGGCACUGCAGUUGUAUAGGGCACCAAAUUACAACAUCUGCAAGUAUGAUGCAGUUCCAACUAUACAAAAAUGUACGGUAAACAAUUUACUUAAACAGAUAUGCAAUCAGGGUCUUGUUAUUCGUUUUAAAAUAUCUAUGCCACUAAGUGUCACAUUUGAGAACUGCAACAGCGUUGUAAGGAUGCAAAUGGCAUCGAAUGUAACUAGAAUUACCUCCAUUAAUUUCAGUAAUCUGAAAAUAGAUUCACUGAUUUGUGGGCAUAAUACUCAGUCUACAUCAUCCAUGAAAUUGAUUGAAAACCAAAAUAAUGCUACUGAUAAAAGGGUACAAAGCAGAGAGUUUCAGCGACAUAUGAAUUGCACUAAAACGAAAAAGAAAAAAUUCGUAACGCUGUACAAAAAGUGUAAAUCCACAUCGAACAUAUCAGGAGAAAGGCGCAGUAUUCCUCUUACAAAGAUCACCAAUUUGGAAGAAUUUUUCGAUGCUCUUGGUUCUGGAAGAACAAUGUUAAGCAUAUUUGAUGGCAUCAUCGGUAAAAAGAUACUGUCUUCGGUUUCACAAAUGAAGGAUUGGAUAACGGAAUUGAGUCAAAGACAAGCUAUGUUAAUUUUAUUACUUACUAAUAAAAAAGACACUCCUAAUUUAGUAAGAUUUCGACCACUACUUCUUCAGGGGAUAGCAGUCAACCGAAUCACACGAGCGUCUGAACUUGAUAUGGAAAUUGAAGUUAUCGAAAGAGAAAAUUUCAAUCGCUUUUCUCGGUUUGAAGGAAUUCCCUAUACCUUGGAAGCUGAUGAAAAUCCAGAUAAUCUACUAGAGGAACUAUUUUGGAUUGCUAAAACGACUGCUUCGGAUUACCAAAAGCCAUUCAAUGAAUCUUCAGAAAAACUACUAAAAUCUCUUCUGGAAAAGCGAAAAAAGCUAAACCCUUCUUAUUUGCGGGUAAUGGCUCGAUAUGUCGGCUUAGGAUUAUUAAAGUCGCCCAGGAAAUAA